AUGCCCGGCCAGGUGCUUCCAUAUUUGCCUCCUCCUCCACUUCCGCCUGAACCCCAAGACGACCAGCCCCCGCCUGCGCCACUUCUGGCACCUCUGCCACCUCUGUCUGAAGAUGAGCCAGCGCCGGGACAGCCUCAGCCGCCGCCUCCUCCGGAUGAGAGGACCCACCUCAUGGUCUCCGGGCGUUUCAAUGACACGGAAAUGGUGGACUACAUCAAAAAAGUUCGGGACAUCUUGACUCACAAGGGAGUCCCCAUCUUCAUGGUUGACACCCAGGCACCCGGGGACGCCUUCGGCAGCCAGACUCUGCAAGGCCUCUACACGGCCAAGGCGUUGCUCGCCUUCUGUGGCACGAACUACGGGCAGCGCACAGGAGCGCGAUAUGAAACAUACGUGGAACUUCGCUAUGCCCAUGACAACAACCUCGAGAUCAUCCCUAUCCAGCUCUGCGACACUUUCCCCCCUCGCCCACCAGAUUUCGAAGGUCGAUGUCAGAACCAUGUAGUUUUGCAAAGGGAUGUGAUUCGCAUCGUGGACAUACAUAUGAACAAUCCGUUGCACGUCGCCGACAAGAUUCACGCAGCCUGGACCCAUCGGCUUCAACACCUCCGAGUAUAUGUAAAGCCUUAUUGA